GGCGAAACCAAACGAGAGCGCGGGCGAUGGAGCGGAGGCUCAACCUGCAGCAGCGAACGGAGCGUCUGGUGCAAAGGAGGUGGGAGAGCAGCCUGGCCUUAGUGCACCUCGGGAUCUCCAAGUGCCCCGUGGGGACCCCAACAUGCUCCCCCGUUCCCUGAGUGUUGCCCCGGACUCCAAGACCUCCCCAGACUCCCAAAUGCCACCCCAGACGCCUAAAUGCCUCCCAAUUCCCUCCCUUGCGCCGUGUUCCCCAAGAGCGCCACGGGGCCCCUCGACACCCGAUCCCAGGCCCUGCUCAGGCCGCACCCUCGCGGGCCAGAGAAGGCGAAGCCUCUGCUUGGCUCUGCUCCCUGCACCUCCAUCCUCGAUGACCCCCUCGUCCAAUGGCGCUUGAGGCGCUGCCGAGGGGAGGAGCCAGCGCUGGACACGCCCCUGGUGGGCAGGGCUCUGCUGGGCUCUGCCGCUCCCCAGGCUGCCCUGCAGGGAGUGCCACGGGGAAGGUCACGUGAUCCCCCCAUGACCCUGCAGGGGGCCGUGCCCUGGGAGUCACAUGACCCUGAGGCCCCAGGGCCAAUCACGAGACACUUCCGCAGGCACCAGGAGGCGUCUUCACCCCAGGCUGUCUCCCAGGAACCCUGGUGGCAGGAGCCAUGUUGGAGGUCACAUGACACCCACAAGGCCUUCUGGCCAAUGAGGAGCAGCUCGCUGGACACCCUGCAGGGGGCACUAUACUCACGGUCACGUGACUCCCACGAGGUCCCCUGGCAGAAGAGCAGCAGCAGCUGUGCAUCUCUGUACGUGGGGGCUCCACCCUGUGGGAAGCAAGAGUCCCAGGACCCUUUGCGGCAGGAGCCAUUUUGGGGGCCACAUGACGGCCCCUGGGCUCAGCGGCGUUUACCAGAUUGGAAGUUAUGUGAUUCCCAGAGUGCCCUGUGGCCUGCAAGGGAAGCACUUCCUGAGCCCCUUCACUGGGGAGGGCGGGGCUUGAGGUCAUGUGACACCUGUGAGGCCCCACAGCCAAUCAGGAGCACUGCUUGUGAUGCCCUACAGGGGGUGCCAUUGCAGCAGCCACUGGGCCCCCAAGGCUCUCUGCAGGACCCCCUGCUCCGGAUACUGCGAUGCCACCGCCGAGCCAUAAGGGGACGCCUUCGGGCCAUUGAGACCCUCCUGGAAUGCCCACCUGGGCACCCCCAAUCCAUCGUGGGGCCAAUAAAGAAAUGACACCCCAAAAUUGCACCAGGGAGGUGUGGACACUCCCAAAAUUCUCUCCCUUAUCUCCUCCACCUCUGGGAUUGUCCCAAUCCUGUCUCCCUCCAUAUGUCCCCAAGAGCAUUUGAAGAGUUUGGGGGCUCAAAAGAGGGUGUUGGUGGGGUGCUGGGUGUCUCUAGCGGGUCCGUGAGGGUCUGUGGGGUGUUUGGAGGGGCUCUGGGGAUGCAGAA